CAAAAUGGACAGGAAUAUUGCAGUAUUUAUUAUAAAUUAUUUCUAUGAUCUUUAAAAAAAAAUAAAAAUACACAUGCCCUCUAGUCUUUAGUCAGAAUGUGUCACUCACAUCAUGUGAUCACAGCAAACCCCAAAAAUCCAAUGAUCCCAUUCCCUAUGGACAAAAUCAAGUCCCUUGUGUUUCAUGCCGGCCUAAAUGGCUGAAUAAAACGUAACAAAUGUUACUAUGUACUGAAAAUAUGUUUAGCAUUUAUAUGUUCAGACAGGAUAUUUAAAUGAAUUUUAGUAAUGUUAAUUGUAAAUUAUAUUAUUUUCUUCUUUAAAGAGCUGAAUCAUGAAUUGGGACACAUUAAAUUACCAAUUAUUAAUAAAACACGGUCGAUAAAGUAGGGGAGAGCGGGGCGCAAAGUAACACUUUUUGACUUUCUCAGUUUGUGUAAAUUAACUUGGGGUUCAGGGUAUUUAUUUUUUCCCAUAUUCAUUUCCCACAUGUCCAGAACAAUUAUGUGGUUUUGUUUCAGUAAUACAGUGUGUACUUUUUUCUUGAUUUACCCCGAAAGACUGAAAGUGAAAUGUGACAACAUGCCCCAUAGGUGGGGUACAUUGUAACAUGACCAUACAACAGCUUAAAAUGUUAUCUGACCUAAUCAAAGAAACUAAAAUAUUUUGUCAAUAAAAUACAAUUAUUACAUUUUCAUAUAAAAUAAUGGGAUUUUUUAAAUAAUUAAAAAUAAACUAAUUUUUGCGUUUGACAACAAACACACUGCAAAACACAGCUAUACAGAAUAGUUCUAAACAUAAUAAUAAUUAAUAAUUUCUUAACAUUGACUCUCAGUCUUUAUUCACCUUUUUCUCAUGGUUUCUCAAUAGAAUUCAUAAAAGUAUAGAAUAGAAUAGCAGAGUUCUAAUGGAGGCAUAGUGUUACAAUGUGCCCCACCUGCUCAGAUUUAAACCUGACUAGUGUUUCUGCAGGAAAGGACUAUCUCAACUGUUAAAUAACAGAUAUAUGAUUAAAAUAAUAUCAGAUUUGUCUAAUUUUAAAUAAACAAAAAAAUAACUUGAGUCAUAAUUUUGCUAUGGUUAAAUAAAUGUUCAGUGAUAUCUUCCAAAGAUUUUUCAAUUUUGCCGCAAUUUUUUCUCGAUAUAGUGUUGAUAUGGCAACUAGUAAAUAUACACUAAGUUUCAUCAUGCUGGCAUGUGGAAAGUUUUAAACCAUGUGUGUUACAACUAACCCCUUGUUACUUUGUGCCCCGUGCUCCCCUACAGUAAAAGAUUCAAUAAUAUAAAGCUCUUCACAAACUUAAGCUGUAAGUUGUGUGGGUAAACAGUUACUAAAUUUGUCAAUUUUUGUUUAAUUGCUCAUUUAUUUUAGCAAAAAGGCCCUGCAACAAUAUAGGCUACUAAAUAUCCAGGUCAAAGCCUUUUAAUUUUUUACUAUUACACAGUGUUCACCGAUUUUAGUUCUCUCUCUGGCCAUUUUAGAGAUGUAAAAAAUAAUAUUUAACACAUACAAGUGUCACACAUACACCACAUGAGAAUCUAAAAUUUCCAACCACCAUGUGAAAAUCUCACUUUUUUAUGAGUCAUGAUGCCCAGACCAAACCAAGCAGACAAAAACAAAAAAAUAACUUGAGUCAUAAUUUUGCUAUGGUUAAAUAAAUGUUCAGUGAUAUCUUCCAAAGAUUUUUCAAUUUUGCCGCAAUUUUUUCUCGAUAUAGUGUUGAUAUGGCAACUAGUAAAUAUACACUAAGUUUCAUCAUGCUGGCAUGUGGAAAGUUUUAAACCAUGUGUGUUACAACUAACCCCUUGUUACUUUGUGCCCCGUGCUCCCCUACAGUAAAAGAUUCAAUAAUAUAAAGCUCUUCACAAACUUAAGCCGUAAGUUAUGUGGGUAAACAGUUACUAAAUUUGUCAAUUUUUGUUUAAUUGCUCAUUUAUUUUAGCAAAAAGGCCCUGCAACAAUAUAGGCUACUAAAUAUCCAGGUCAAAGCCUUUUAAUUUUUUACUAUUACACAGUGUUCACCGAUUUUAGUUCUCUCUCUGGCCAUUUUAGAGAUGUAAAAAAUAAUAUUUAACACAUACAAGCGUCACACAUACACCACAUGAGAAUCUAAAAUUUCCAACCACCAUGUGAAAAUCUCACCUUUUUAUGAGUCAUGAUGCCCAGACCAAACCAAGCAGACCACAGUCAUAGGACGAGCUUGUUUAUUUAACAUGCAAGUGCAUGUAUUUUACAAACGUCUUUAUCUGCAUCUGGGCCUGUGCUUAAGGCCUCAUUUGAAUAAAUCUGCAAACAUGUCUUCAUGGAAGGUUUGCAUUCUUAACAUUUAAAAGGAACAAGUUCAUUCGGAUAAAACAAGUAAAUAAAAAAAAAAGUUUGCCUUAAAUGCCGUAAGAUAGAAUUUGCCUUAUACAUUCAUAUUCUUUCAAACUUCAACAUUAAUGGUUAAAAACAUGCAUCAUGCGUGCAUACCAUGCAUCAAUUUAUUUGCAUUGUUUUCAGACCUCAACCAGCAGGAAGGGUGGUUGCCCUUUAGUGUACCUUUAGUACCUUUAGUGUUUUCAGUGAUGUGCAGCCUAUACAUAUCUGUUUAUAUCUCAAAAAAAGUGUUUUGGGGUUUCAUGACCCUUUGUCAAACAUCAAUGUUUAGAGUUUGAUUUGCAUCAGCUUAUACUUUUUUGACUGUUAAAUGUUGCAUAUGAUCAUGUGAAUGUCUGUUUCUGGCAACUGAAGAAGAUAAUUGUGUUAUACCCAUUGUUUUACUGAAAUUAAACCACAUCCUUUUGUCAAGCAACACUUUUUCCGAACUUUUACACAUAUAAACCCUUUUCACACAUGAUGAGUCAGUGACCAUCUAGGUGUGAUUAAUCUUAUACCUGACCCACGAUUGGACAUAUUUUUGUUUGCUAUAAAUAUGAGCACAGCAUAGGCACCUCUCAAUCUGCAUGCAAGACGCUCCUCCAGCAGGAUAAUAUCACGCACCCAAAUUCACAAUGAUUCCUAUAGCUAUCCUGUGGCUUGGGCUUUUUCUGCACCUUCCUCCUCCAACCAGCCCAUCGUGCUUUCGAGGUAAAGAAGCAGAGUGUCAAGAUGCUGAUUUUGCACCAGGAUCCAAUUUGGCUGGGGAGGGUUUUGACAUAACUAAGAUGCAACGCCUGGGGACUUUCGUCAUCGACAUGAGUAAGUGGGAGCUCAAAAACAACACAUGUAAUCUGUGCAAAAAUCCAUUCAUGAACAACACAAAGCAGAAGCUCCCAAUGUCUGUGGUUUUCUGGAGGCCCACCCAAAAGUGCAGCAUGUCAUUAUCCAGCUCCGUUUAUGAGUCCAGCGAGUCCCUGGUCAGUUCCAGCACCUCCUCCGUAGAGAACAACUGGAAAGUCGGCCUGGGAAUAGGCAGAGUGAUGAGUAAGAUGUCACUGAUGUUCGCUGGAACUAACUCCAGACUCGCUGCGUAUUCAAUGACGAAGACCAAAAAGGACAAGUUCAGCUUCAUCAAACACUCUGUAUCCUGCGGAUACUACAGCUACAGGAUUGCCAGCCACUCUCCAAUACAUCAUGAACUAAACCAAGAUUUCACAGACCUUCCAGAGACAUAUGACAACCAAACAAAAGAAAGCUACUUGUCACUUGUUGAAAAGUUUGGCACACAUUACAUUGUCCAUGUGAAACUGGGUGGAGCUGUGCAGUCUGUGACCAGUGUCAAACAGUGCGAGGCUACUCUACAGGACCUCAGUACGGAUGAGAUCAAAACAUGUCUGGACGUCGAGGCAUCUGCAAGUGUAAAGGCAAUUAGUGUAGAUACAGCAUACCGUCACUGUAAAAAGGCCGAAGACAAAAAACUGAGCAAGCACAGUUUUGCUAACAGUUUUAGUGACAGGUUAACUGAAAUCACUGGUGGCCACACUCAAGACACUACGCUUCUCUUCUCAGCCACUAAUGAUCCUGGAGCUUACAAACAGUGGCUCUCCUCUGUGCCAGGAAAACCAGAUGUGAUUUCCUUUUCAUUGAAACCACUCCAUAUGUUGAUGCCAGUCAAGAACCCAAAAUAUGGCCAAUUACGCCGAGCCAUUCGUGACUACAUACUGCAGAGGGCCCUUUUGAAGAACUGCUCCUCACCUUGCAAGGUCGGUAUUGCAAGAAACCCCAAGGAACCCUGUGUGUGCAGCUGUCAUAACAGCCCUGGAGUAAAAGCAAACUGCUGCCCUACCCAGCGCGGACUUGCUCAAAUUACUGUAAUUGUGACAAAGGCGACAGGUCUAUGGGGGGAUUACUUCACACAGACUGAUGGGUAUGUCAAGGUUCUGAGAAAUCGCAAGGUCUUUCUAGGGGAGACACCGGUGAUUUGGAACCGAAACUCACCAACCUGGAACUGGAAGUUUGAUCUCGGCAGCUUCGUUCUCUCUCAGUUUGGGGGUCUGAGACUAGAGGUGUGGGAUAGAGACAACAAGUGGGACGAUGACCUCCUUGGGGCCUGCAACAUACAACUGAAAACUGGCAAAAAAAGUAACUUCUGUUCACUCAACCAUGGUGUGCUGUACUACAAAACAUCUGUAACUUGUGGUCCUAGUUUAGCUGGCUCCUCAUGCACAGAGUACGUGGGCUCUCCAAUGUCUUCCCAUCUGGAGAAGAUCUACGCGUCACGACAUGCCCUGCCCAUCCCGAAAGAUGUGCUUAUGAAAAUGGGGGUGCUUUUAGAUGAGCGCCGCUUUCAGUUCAGUCAGACCAGUGAUCCUAAAAGAAAAACUCAGACUUUGUGAAAGCUAAUUAGAAAAUAAUGCUUAGCAUUAAAGAGCGCUUCUCAGCAUUUGUAUUUUAGAAUUGGCAUUUUCUUUGUUUUCUCGAUGUUAUUCAGAUCUUUGAUAUGAUAUGUGACUGGUAGUUGACAUGUUAAAAAGUUACUUAUAGUUAGUGGAAUGUUUAAAAUGGACUAUCGCAAUGAAAGUGUAACCUUUUUCGCUAUAUUUUCUGAUUAUGUUUUGCAAUUGCUUGCAUGCUAAUUUGUGUAGUUAAUAAAGCAAUUAUGAAAAGAGCAUCUUAAGUGAUUCAUGUCGUGCCAUGGCUUUAUGUUGCUGAACUGUGAAAAGCAUGUAGGAGGUUAAGUCUCUUUAAAAGGCUACCACAAGAGGAACUAUGUGACUAACAUUUAACAAUUAGUAAAGUUUUGAUCUGACUAACUUUGUAUUACGGUUAGUGUCUACA